UUCAGCUGUGCACAGGUGAUUGUCACUUUAAAACAAGUUCACAGUUGGCUUGGUGUUUAGUGGAUGCUUUGAGGUUUGUUGGUGAGAAACAUGGCUGCAAAGACAGUGUUGAUCGUGUACGCGCACCAGAGCGCAGGCUCCUUCAAUGCGGCUGUUAAAGACGCUGCUGUGGACGCGCUGAAGAAACAGGGCUGUAACGUGCUUGUGUCUGACCUGUAUGAAAUGAAGUUUAAGGCCACGGCUACAAAGGAGGAUAUUACUGGUCCACCAAAGAACCCAGAGCAUUUUCGUUAUGGAAAUGAGACCAUGUUGGCCUGGCAGGAGGGGCGACUAUCUUCUGAUAUCACAGAUGAGCACAAGAAACUGAAAGAAGCAGAUCUGGUUAUUUUUCAAUUUCCCAUGUACUGGUUCUCUGUUCCUGCCAUCAUGAAAGGCUGGAUGGACCGGGUUCUAACGCUUGGCUUUGCAUACACCUUGGAAAAGCGCUACAGUGAGGGUGUCUUCAGGGACAAGAAAGCCAUGUUAUCCUUCACUACUGGUUCCAAUGAGACCAUGUUCAGCUCCAAUGGAAUCAAUGGAGACAUGAAUGUUACUCUGUGGCCAAUUCAAAAUGGGGUCCUCAACUAUUGUGGCUUCCAGGUCCUUGCCCCUCAGAUCUUCUGGGCUCCCACUCUUCUCUCUCCUGAGGCUCGUGAAGGCCUGCUGGAAGGCUGGCGGGCUCGUCUUCAUGGUCUCCUAAAUGAGGCACCUCUCUCCUUCCCACCUGUAGACGUCUUCGAUGAAGGGAAAGGCUUUCAGCUGAAGCCUGAAGUCUGGGAGAAACAGGCUGAAUCUCCUUUUGGUCUCACUGUGGGCCACCACCUGGAGAAACCUCUUCCACCCCACAACCAGAUGAAAGCUGGAGUGUGAGACCUGAUGUUAUGCUGUCCUCCAAUGUUCAUGUCUUUACGUCUCAAAGCUGAAUUUUAGACAUGAAUAAAUUGUUCAUGUUUU